UUCCCAUAGUGCCUCGAGAGUGGCGGGCACGAUAGUAAAUUUGGUAGGCUCUCUCGCGGGUUUAAGUCGGCUUUGUUGAGGUUUCUCUUUUGCCAGGGCGCUGUAGGGAAUUGGGGCCUGGUCAGUGCUUUGUCUGCGGAUGCAAUGGCGCUUCUCCGGGGCGUGUGGGGCGUGCUGAAUGCACUGGGAAAGUCGGGAGCGGAUCUCUGCGCGGGCUGUGGCAGUCGACUGCGUUCUCCCUUUAGUUUUGCGUAUGUUCCAAAAUGGUUUUCAUCCAACUUGAGUGGUUAUCCAAAGAAGCCUAUGACUUCAUACGUUCGAUUUUCUAAAGAACAGCUGCCCAUAUUUAAAGCUCAGAACCCAGAUGCAAAAAAUUCAGAACUAAUUAAAAAAAUCGCCAAGCUAUGGCGGGAACUUCCUGAAUCAGAGAAAAAGAUAUAUGAAGAUGCUUACAGGGCAGACUGGCAGGCAUACAAGGAAGAGAUAAACAGAAUUCAAGAACAACUAACUCCAAGUCAAAUGGUAUCUUUGGAAAAAGAAAUCAUGCAGAAACGUUUAAAAAAGAAAGCAUUAAUAAAAAAGAGAGAGUUAACAAUGCUUGGAAAACCGAAAAGACCUCGCUCAGCUUAUAACAUUUUUAUAGCUGAACGUUUUCAGGAAGCUAGGGAUGGCACAUCACAGGUAAAGCUGAAAGCUAUAAAUGAAAACUGGAAAAAUCUCUCUAAUUCUCAAAAGCAAGUAUAUGUUCAACUUGCUAAAGAUGAUAAAAUUCGUUAUUAUAACGAAAUGAAAUCUUGGGAGGAACAAAUGAUGGAAGUUGGACGAGAAGAUCUUAUACGUCGCUCAAUUAAAUACCCAGCAAAAAAUGACCCUGAGAAGUUUUAAAAUAGAAGACUGAGUUAUGUUCAUAAUGGAUAGAUACAAGAAACCAACUAGGUCUCAAUACCCAAAGCUGUUGUAAAAUUAGAAUGGAUAAAGUUGGUGAACAUUUAUAUUUAAUUCCUUUUCUGUAGCCCAUGGACUUCUGCCAGCCAAUUCAAUACAUUUUGUAUUGGUGUCUUGCUUUUGAAAACCCAAACAGAUAAGAGUUCAUGUGGAAUUUAUUUUGUGUUUAGGAACUACUGAGCAUCAAAAUAAUCCAUGAAAUGUAGCAGUGAAUCAUUUCACCUUUGAUAAAGGUAAAUCAGACUGUGAAGUUUUUUUAUACUUGAUGAUUAUGGAAAAAAUAUUCUUGUUUCCUUAUAUUAUGGAAGCAGGAGUUUCCUAUUCAUAAGUAUCUCAAAGUUUGUAGAAGCCAUAGUGUUCUAUGAUAUAACUACAUUUUUAAAAGAGCAUCCAGAACUCAUCCUGGUAAAUUCCAAAUCCUGAGUAUAAUUCAUAUUUAAUCAGAGUUGAUGGUUGUACAUAUGAGGAAUUUCUGGUGUCAGUUGCAACUUUUAUAAAAGGGAUAGAGAGAUUUAUAAACCUUUUCCUCAAUGUCUUUUUCCUAAAUUAAAAACUAAAAAAUUAUGUACCAAAUCUAUGCAUAUUGUUUUAUAUUGCAUAGAAUAAAAACUAUGUUUCCUAAUUAUGUUUUAAGGUGAAACAUUCAUUUUAUAGCUUUCUGGGAUUUUUGUUUGUUUUUUUAAAGUAGGAGUUUGUAUACUGAAUUAUUUUUUCUCUUAUGUAAAGAUAUUUAUCCAGAAAGUAGAGAACUUGUUUGGUGUAAGUUUUAAAAUGAGAGAUCUAAAAAAAUCAUGUCUCCAAAGUCUCUCAAAUUGGAACCUAUAAUUUUUAAACAUUUGCAUAACAUAUGAAAGCCUAUAUAAUAAUGGCGAGUUCUAGCCUGAUGCCCAUAUCCAGCCCACUGCCUGCUUUUCAUGGCCUUGUCAACUAUGAAUUGUUCACAGUUUUAAAUAGUUAAAAAAAAAAGCAUGCUUCAAGACACAUUUUGAAAAUUAAUAUGAAAUUCAGUGUCCAUAAAAAAAAAGUUUUCUUGGAACACAGCCACACUCAUUGUUUAUGGCUGUUUUUGUACAACAGUGCAGUUGACUAGUUGCUACAGAGAUGUGUAGCCUGCAAAGACCAACCCAUGUAGUGUGGAAUGAGAUGCUCUUAAGUUAUUUGCUAUGGCUCAGUAAAAUACAUCUUAACAGUUUUCCAGUUAGCAUUUAAACCAUACCAUCUUUUAGCAUUUGAUUAUCUUCUUAAUAAGUGUAAAAGGUCUUCAAAAUCCACACCAUCUUUUUGAGCAAAAUGCUCAACUGUCAUCGUCGGUUCACGUGAAUUUAUAACUCAAAAUUUAUAUAUUUACUUUGUAUUUUGCAAAAUAUGCAAAAAAAAAAAAAAGAGUGUGUAUUCUAGAUCUCCAGAAAGAAGAUUUUUGUAGUUUGUGGAUAGAAAAUAAGUAAAAGAAUCACUAGAAAAUGACUUGUUACAUACUGAACUUGGCAAAGGUCGGGACUGUUAGAGAAAAAUACAGCUUAAGAGGACUAGCCUAAGAUUUAAAUAUAUGAAGUUGUUUGAAGUUUUCAAACAACUUUCCUCUGUGGGUGGUAAUUCAGGACAAAGUCUGCCAUUAUGUAAAUGACCCUUGGUCUGAGGGUAGAGUAUUCUGGGGAGGAAGACAUAGGGAAGAAAAGGACAUUUGCUAGUGUCUGUCGCAAGCUUUCUCAAUUAGGUUUCCAGGAAAGAAUUAAGCCCUAAUUCCCUAUGGCAUCUAGAAUGGUACUGAUUUUGUACCAUCCUUAGGAGAAUGGAGAAAAUAAUCACUCAAAUAAUUUACUGUGUUCUGUGCUUCAGACGAGCCUAGGGAGCACAUGGGAGUCAGUGUUUAUAAUAAAUAUUAUAGAAUGGGUGAGGAAGAGAAAUGAAUUAUAAACUCCUGUAGCACAAAUGUAUAAAACACAUCUUUGUACCUACCUUCUGAGCUCUAGGAUUUAGCUGCCUAUACUGUUUUACACUGAACACAUUCAGAUAUCUUCCUGAAUAUACUGGGAAGUUCAGUGUCUGCUAAGUUCUCACGUAUAUACUUCUUAAUAUAGGGAGGAAAGGUAUGAAACAGUGAAAGGAGCUGUAGCAAAACCAUUUUGUUUCUAACAGAGUGUCAUUGUUAAUACUUUAAAUAUUAAGAUAAUCUGAUUUCACACCUUUUUUUUUUCCCCACACCUUUCUUAAUAAACCUCAGUACAUGGAAUGUGUUAGUCGCUCAGUUGUGUCCAACUCUCUGCGACCCCAUGGACUAUAGCCCACCAGGCUCCUUUGUCUAUGGGAUUCUCCAGGCAAGAAUACUGGAGUGAGUUGCCAUUUCCUUCUCCCUACUGUGUAUUAAAUGCCAUCCAAUUUAACAGUAUAUACAAAUACUCUGUUAUAAAGAAUGAGAGCUUAUAUCAAUAACCAGUGGCUAGGUGUGUAACCGGUCGCCAUUCUUAAAUAACUGAACAAGAAACUAAAAGCUAAAGAAUUGUGACCAGGGAAAAGAUGCUUAAGUGAAAACAGUGUUUAUGCUGUCUGAGCAGUCAAUCACAGAUAUGCUUAUGUUCACUAGAGUACCAAUAUUAGAUUUUAUAAAAUAAUUUGACAAGGAUGUGUGUGUAGUUAUUUUCCGAUGUUUAAGGGAUAUGUGCAGAUUCAGCCUACUGUAAUCAUGUAAUUUUGCUAUUGUUUUUGGCUAACUCCUUUUUUGGAAAUGCCAUUUUUUUUUUAUAAGAUAUAUGCUUUUUUAAAUAGUUGGCCAUGAAUGUGUAUAUUUACAUUGCUGAAUUAAAAUGGAGUUAAAGUAACUAGAAAAUUUUAUAAAUAUUUCUGAUAUUAACGGUACCUAAAAUUAAUCACCACCAGAUUGUGCUAAAGCAGCAGGAACUUCUUAUAUAGGUAAGUAAUUAAUUUCCAUUAUUUCUCUUAAUUUUACCAAUCUUUUUACUGUAAGACUACUCCAACAAAAAAAGAAUACUCUCUUCCUUCCUUUUCUCUCCUCACAGCCACUAUUCCUCUUCCUUUUCAAAGCACCAAGCUCUUACAGACAAAUUUGAAAAUGUUAUAAGUGCAGAUAAUAUGUUUUGAAAUUUUAAAGCAAUAAUACUCUUUUAAAUUGAACUUUUAGGAAGAAUUAAAAAAUGAACAUAUUGAUUAUUAUUUUGAAUUUGUAAAAUUUUCCAAAUAGUAAAACUGUACAAAGUUAUUAUCAUCAUUCUGUCACAUUGUUCACAAAUAAAAUAUUUUUGGUAAUUAAAUCAUUGAUUAUAUUUGAUGGAAAAUACAUGAAACCAUCUUCUAGCACAUUAAAAGUACUUUAAAAAAUUUUUACUGGCUAAGAAACUGCAUACUUAAAAUUGACUGUAAACAAAAGUUUUAAAUAGGCUAAACAUUUUAAAAUUACCCUAAUGGCAGAAAGUAAAGAACUAAAGAGCCUCUUGGAGGUGAAAGAGGAGAGUGAAAAAGCUGGCUUGAAACUCAACAUUCAAAAAAGUAAGGUCAUUGCAUCUGUUCCCAUCACUUUAUGGCAAAUAGAAGGGGAAAAAUUGGAAGCAAUGACAUGUUAUUUUCUUGGGUUCCAAAAUCACUGUGGAUGGUGACUACAGCCAUGAAAUUAAAAGACACUUACUCCUUGGAAGGAAAGCUAUGACAAAUCUAGACAGUGUAUUACAAAGCAGAGACAUUACUUUGCUGACAAAAGUUUGUAUAGUCAAGGCUAUUUUCUGAGUAGUCAGGUACAGAAGUGAGAGCUGGACCAUAAAGGAGGCUGAGCAGUGAAGAAUUGACGCUUUCAAACUGUGACCCUGGAGAAGACUUGAGAGUCCCUUGGAAUGCAAGGAGAUCAAAUCAGUCAAUCCUAAAGGAAAUCAACCCUGAAUAUUCAUUGGAAGGACUGAUGCUGAAGCUAAAACUCCAAUACUUUGGCCAUCUGAUGUGAAGACCUGACUUAUUGGAAAAGACCCUGAUGCUGGAAAAAAUUGGAAGCAAAAGGAGAAGGGGGUGGUAGAGGAUGAGAUGGUUAGAUACCAAACUCUGUCAGAUGAAAUUCAUCCACCUCUGAGCCCUGCAAAGGAUUGCCUGUUGAGGACAGUGCUGUUGCAUUUUAUGGGAAAAUAAAUUACGUGAAUUUAAAAUAAUAUGAAUAAAUAUUUGAAAGUUGUAUAUUAUGCACGACGUUUAAAAUAGUGCAAUCUUAAAAAUUUUUUAAAUGGCUGGGAAUCAUAGAAUUUCAAAACACUCUUAAACAGCAAAGUGAGGGCAGCGUUUGAUAUUACUAUAUGCAGUCACCUUUAACAAAAUUUAUCAUGUGUCAGUUUCAUAUAUAUGUUGUGUAUGUGCUUUGAAAGUUUUGUAAAUGAUCUGCCGACUUGUACUGCUAUUUUAAUAUUCAGUGUUGUUAUAAUCCAAAAAGUUUAAAAAAAAAUCAACUAACCGAAAUACUCAUUUAGGAGUGGUAAUGAUUGUGCUGUAAAACAUUUCUAAAAGCUAGUAACUCUGGAACAGAAUCAUGUUUGUAAUAAAAUUUAAUUCUGA